CGAGAAACAUGACCCUCACCGUCGCCGAAGUUCGUCGACGAUUAGGUCACAUCCCGACCAGUUCGAAAUUUUCGAGUGUCAAUAAUCAAUCAAAGUUGUACAAAAUGGUUAGUGAUGUGUUGGAUGACAUCCUGAGGCUCUUAUACAAUCCAGUCAGUCCUGAUGUGAUCAAGAUGUUGAAAGUAAUCAUCAAUAUAUGUGUUGAUGAAAGAGUAAGUUUAUUGAUUUCUCGUAAAAUAUUUGCCGAUUUCAAUUUUAAAGUGUUUCCUGAAAUGAAUGAUACGCAGUCCAAAUCGCUGGCUCUCUUCGUGCUGGAGAAAACGUGUCAUAGGACACUACUUUUUGAAGAUCAAACAACCUACACACGAUGGUUUUUAUCAACCAUAUACGAGAAAGAUAAUAAUUUCAAAGAUGCGAUCCUUAUGCUGGUUGCAAUCCCAUUGGAAUCGGACCACAAAUUGUUUCCAUCUCAUUUUAAAUUGUUAAUAUUCAUGAGAAUAGCACGUCUGUACUUGGAAGAUAACAAUACAUUGCAAGCAUUGUCAUAUAUUAAUAGAGCUUCAAGUUUGCAACUAGAAACAGAAGAUAUGCUUGAGUUUCGUAAGGAUUUUAUUGAAGCUGCAAAUAGAUGUAUUGAAUUAUUGACCAUGCCUUUAGCUGACCAUGACCGCAUUACAGCAUUAAAUAAUCUAAGCGUAUUUAAGAAAGCUGAAACUAUGUCAAUCACUUCCAUGUCAUUAAUUUUCAAGGCAACCACAUAA